AUGAGGUACUAUUCAGCAAAGAAUCCCAAAAGAUGCCCUGGUCGCACCAAUUACCCUGCACCCACCAGACCCAUUAUUAUAAGAACGCCUCCGGUUCUCACCUAUCCUGCUCUCAAAUGUAUUUUGGAGUUCAUAGAUGUUGCAAAACGACUCAACAUCACCGCCCGUACGAAAUCCCUCAAAAUCAUCGAUAAAUCGGUUCCGCUCCGUCUCCCGACUCUUCAACUAUGCUCCGACCGUAUCAUCAUUCACAAUCUAGGCAUUCGAAGCGUUCUACAAUAUCGCGUAGAUAUUUUCUACAAAGAUCAAUAUGUGAAAGGAGGGAUGGUUAAUUUUGGUAAAAUAGAAGCCAUGCGAAGGUUGUUUAAGUACUAUCUUGGUGAUAGAUCUAAUAUUUACGUGGAUUCUAUUGUUUUCGAGGAAAAGGUACGGAAUCUGUUACCUCCGGAGCUCAACUUCACAAUCAAUAAAUUGGAAACUCAUUACUGUAGCUUUGGAGAAUUUCUACCGAUGAUUAACCCAAAUAGCUUCCCACUCCGAAAAUUGUCUAUGGUGUAUCCAGAAAUUCUCUCAAACCUCACUCUCGACCACCCAAUCGUUCAUUCUGCUGGACACCUGUACUUGAAUGUGGGCACUCGUGGAGACCAAUCACCAAUGUCUGAUAUCCAAAAGCUUUGUAAUAAGAGUGCAUUUAUCAAGUCUAUAAGCAUGAAAUCUGAUGAUUGUGUGAAGAUAAUAAGAUAUUGGAGGGAGAAUGGGAAGGAGGUUGGCACAAAGUUUAUCUUCACCUUUUAUCUGCCGAAUUGCAUUGUUCCAAUGAUAAAAGCACUGCAAGAGCCAUUCGAGGAGUUCCAGGACAAGUUGGAAGGGCUUAACGAGCGGCGAUUUAUCGCUGGUCUGCCACGAUUUGCGAUUCCAAUCAACAAUCAUUCAACAGUUAUUCUGGCAUACACCAUUUUUGCGAUGGUGGAUAGGAAAAGAGAGGCACAGAUUGUAUUGAAUGUGGUGUCAACGACUGCAUAA